AUGUUGGGCAAUGGAGGCAACAUGUGCUAUGCCAACAGUGUUCUUCUAUCAUUGGCGCAUAUGUUCAGGGACCGACUGGAUUGUCUGGGCGCACCUCUGCGCUCUUUGCUCAGCAAACUUCUCAAGCCUCCCGGUGUUCGCCCGUCCUAUGUUACCAAAAUGAAGGAAUGGCGCACUCUUAUAUCGGGAUGGCAGCAACCUCAUCAGCAACAUGAUGUGGCGGAGUUUUUGAUGCAUCUUAUCCUGCAGUCCUAUGGGUUACCUGUUCUCAGCAAGUGGUACUCUGAAGGUCCCCUGGUUGAGGCCGCGCCUCGCAACGAUCAGGGCGAUGGCCUCAUUCUUCUUCCGACUUGCAACCCCGUCCAGCCGUUUGAUACAUUGCAACAAUGUGUGCAGGGAUGGCAUCAGCAACUCCAGAGUCAUUAUGUCCAGCCGGGCACUGAUUUUGUUCUCCUACAGCUUGAUCGCUUUGAGCAGCGUGGGACUUUCGUUCGCAAACGUCGGCACCCUCUAUUCCUGAAUUCAGGCACUCUUCUGCUGCCGACUGGUCCAGGGGAUUCGCAAUGGGAUGCUUACUUCAUUCAAGCUCUGAUUCUCCACGAGGGUGAUACGCCCGUGCGAGGACACUAUCGUGCUGCACUGGUGUCUCACACUGCAGGGGCUGUGCGAGUGUGUGAUGAUAACCGCGUGCCACGGCUGGCUGUUCCUGCGGACAAAAUCUUCGAGAAAGUGUACGUGCUGCUUCUUUCCAGGCUACUUCACAGCUUGGAAGUGGACUCAAUGGAUGGUGUAUUGUCAGGUGUGCCACUGCAGUGUGCUCUGCAUAUUGUGGACGUGGACCCACGCCCUUACAGCCUGCGCCUUGAUUUGCUGUGCGGCAACGUGCUGCCUUGUUCUUUGCCUUCGCUAUGGAGCCUCUCUGGUCACCGGCCUGCCCCGAAGAGCCAAUGCCUGGUGAUAGACGACCACCUCUACCGCGGCGCAGGCCAGUACGGCGGGAAGCUGACCCUGAGACGGACCGUCCUGCAUUGGGUCGUAUUCGGCCCCAAUGGUCUCCACUGCCGCGACGCAGACCUGGUGCACCUCUGGAUGCUGGCGCGUCUGCCGGAGGACUCCGGCCCUGAUGGUAUGCCCUCUGCCGCUAGAGUUUGCUUAUCAGCCGAUGGAAAUGACCGAGCUCCAGACAGGGCUGAUGCUAUUGACGGGGCUGGACGGGAUACCCGGGCUGUUUUGGACACCGCUGGUCAUGUACCUAUGACAACAGGUUCACAACGGGCAAUGGUGACUUCAACGGAUGGAGCAAAUGAUGUGCCGGUCACCUCUGCGGGACAACCGACCACUGUGGCUCAGGAACAUGCUGGAGGUCGCCAAACUUUGGCUCUUGCUGUUGAGACCAAGGGUGGCCAAAGGAAGCGCACCGACCGGAAACGUCGGAAAAGGUCGGCUCGGGCUGACUCCAGUGACUCACUGGCGAAUCCAGACCCCGAUCGUUACAUCCGCCUUUUGUCAGCGGAUGGUCGAUAUGGUCAACUUAUGGCACGGCGGGAUUCGGUCACCCCGACACGGGAGAAAGCAUCUCGCUCUCGAUCACUUUCGGCUACCAGACGGCGGAAUGAGGACCGACGCCGGAGUGCAGCCACAAGCAGUCGAAGUGGUGUGGCGGCCAACUCGCAAGAUGCCAAGGCUUCUACCACGACCGGAUCGGCCACUGCUACUUCGUCAACUACCGCUACAUCUGCUUUGACUACGGCUCAGGAAUUGCGGCUACAACAGGCACGUCGCGAGUUUCAGGGCAGAGCUGCUACGGUGGUGAGCAGACAACUGCUCAAGGUCGAGCAGGCGCCGGAUCUCGCCCCGGCCAUUGCGGCGUACGUAGAGCAGGUCAAGGACUGCAUUCGUCAGGAUGCGCUUUGCAUCCACGCGGUCAACUACUUGGCAAAGUUGCUCCAGCGUGCAACGAAGGAGCAGGUGCCACUCUCGGACAUGAGGGAACAUGUGUACCAAUUGAAUCGAGAGGAGGCUGCGCUUGGAUCAUUUCGUCUCUAUGAUCCGCCAAUCGUAGACGGCCGCCCUCCUGGGCGUCCUCCUGCUUCUGAUGCUACCGUGGCUACACCUGCCCAUGGCUCCCCUCCUGCUGCUGAGGUUCCUGCUGAUGCCAGUAUUGCAACUACACAAUCAGAACAAAUGGCCAAAAACGUGGCCUUCUUACAGCAGUUGCAGACCUCCGCCAAGAGUCGUCGGCAAGCAGUGGUACAAAGGGCCAAGACUUUGCAAGCCGCCGGUGUAGCGGCUGGCGAUGUUUCGGCGGCGGCUCAGGGGCCUACCUCCUCCUCGGCUAGUGUGCCAAAAGGCUCAAUUGGACGGGCUUUGGUGGCUCGGGAUACCAGUUUGGCCAGUGCAGAGCAAAAGCAAGCCUUUGGUGCAUAUCUACGAGGGACGAUGGCUCGCAGGGCCGAGGUCCGGGAGAGGAAUGCCAUGCGGGUUCACGACAAGGUGCCUUUGCCUGCAGCGCCAUCAGCGGUGCCUGAUACCGGAGCUCCUGACACAAGCUCCUCCUCGUCUAUGGAACUACGCUGA